GUUUUUUACUGUUUUUUGGAGUGUCCUCUGUCUCCCUUUCCCUCCUGACAUACCCUCUGAAAUCCUAGAGGAAGAGAGAGGAUGGUGAAGAGUCGGUUGGAGAUCAACUUCCGUCGCCUCUUGGUGCGAUGCGAGACCUUGGCUGCAUCCAGUGAAUGGAAGGACACAUGGAGGAGCCAAGAGUAUCUGAAUGCUUUGACUGAACUGUUGGCUGAAGUGAAGUCUGCUCCCAACCGGCCAGACCCAGAGACCCUCUCCGACUAUCAAGCCAAGGUCGACUACCUGAAACGGGUUGUUGCCGCUGAGAAGCUGGGAACCGGAGCGGUGAGAGAGGGAGGCGGGACAGGGACGCUCAGCCUCACGGCCCCUUCCUCCCAGCUUCAGGAUCCACUCACGAGAGAUCUUCAGCAUCGCGUCACGUCUCGGGUCAACGAAGACGUUCGCAAGGAACUCUUUGGGAGGGGGGAGCAGGCCUCGCUAGAACCCAGGCAUCGGAAGGGGGCGACGACGACGACGACAGACUUCGAUGCCCUCCUCCAGUUCCACCACAAACAGCAAGAGAAGGUGGCAGAGGAUAUGCUAGGCCUCGUCCAGAGUCUCAAAGAGCAGAGUCUUGUUGCCGGGAAGAUCAUCCUCAAGGACAACAAGGUCCUGGAGAAGAGCUCGCACCUGGCCGAGGGGAACUUCGCCCGUCUGAAGGUCGAAUCGGAUCGUCUGAGCGAGUAUCGAAGUCGCUCCUGCAAGUGCUGGGUCUAUCUCCUUCUCAUCAUCAUCUCGGUCACCUUUUUC